CCUCCAGACAAAAUCCUAUUUACCACAUUCCCCACUUCGCUGCGGGGCGAGGCACUUGUUUAUUUUUAUUUUUUGUCAGCCCGUAGCCGACCUUAUCAAACAGUCAUGUGGAUGUAUUUGUUUUCAGCUCUUAUUGCGGCUCUCCCCUUCGUAGCUUUGGCCGUUAAACGACGUUCUCCUUAUUUGUGGGUGGAUAUCGUGUACAUCAGAGAUAUUGUGAGGAUUCUACUCAAGUUUGUGUGGAGGCGUAGAAGAAGACCCGUCUACUUCGCUUUGGACCGCUUUUUGGAGCAGACCGCUGCCCAGCCGAACAAGCCUUUCGUGGUGUUCGAGAAUGACGUCUAUACGUUCGCGUCGACAGAUGAGAAGAGCAACCGGGUGGCCAACGCGCUCCUCGCUCACCCUCGCUACUCAGCCGGGGACGCCGCGGCCCUGUUUAUGCCCAACGAGCCUUCCUUCAUGUUUACAUGGCUGGCCUUGGCCAAGCUCGGCUCCCCAGUGGCUCUGCUCAACUACAACAUCCGCACCAAGUCUCUGUUGCACUGCUUCAACUGCAGCAAGGCCAAGGUGCUCAUUGCAGCUGCAGAGCUAAAGGAAGCAGUUGAGGACAUUCUGCCAUCUCUGAGAGAGCAGGGAGUCGUCGUGCUCCUGAUGGUCCAAAGCUGUGACACGCCUGGCAUCGAAAGCUUCUCCGAUAAAGUGGAUCAAGCGUCAGGCGCCGCUGUUCCGUGCUCGCUCAGAGCACACAUCACGUACAAAAGUCCUGCUGUUUAUAUUUACACGUCUGGGACCACAGGGCUGCCCAAAGCAGCAGUGGUCAACCAGAACCGCCUCCUAAUAGCUCUGGCUGUUUUAUCUGCAAAUGGUGUUUCGUCGAGUGACGUCAUUUAUAUCAACUUGCCUCUGUAUCACACAGCAGGAUUCAUUAUAGGCUUUAUCGGCUCCAUUGAAAUAGGGUCCACAAUCAUUCUGAAGAGGAGGUUUUCGGCUUCUCAGUUCUGGGAUGACUGCAGGAAAUACAAUGUUACAGUUGUGCAGUACAUAGGAGAAGUAAUGCGCUACCUCUGCAGCACACCCAAGAAAGAAAAUGACAAGGACCACAAAGUACGACUGGCCAUUGGAAAUGGAAUCCGAGCAGAGAUAUGGCGGGAGUUUGUGACCCGCUUUGGGAACAUUCAGAUCAAAGAGUUCUAUGCCUCCACUGAAGGAAAUGUGGGAUUUGUCAACUAUGCAGGAAAAAUUGGAGCCCUCGGAAGGGUCAACUUUGUGCACAGGAAAUUGUUCCCUUACAGCCUCAUCAAGUAUGAUACAGAGCGUGAUGAAGUGCUUCGAGAUGCUAACGGUCUCUGCAUUGAGGCACCCAAAGGUGAGACAGGACUGUUGGUAUCCAAGAUUACCGACAUAGCUCCUUUCGUCGGUUAUGCCCAAAAUGAAGAGCAAACGGAGCGCAAAAGACUCCGUGACGUUUUCAAAAAGGGAGAUCUCUACUUCAACAGCGGAGAUCUUAUGAGGAUUGACAAAGACAACUUCAUUUACUUUCAGGAUCGUGUGGGUGACACAUUCAGGUGGAAAGGUGAAAAUGUGGCUACAACAGAAGUUUCGGACAUCUUGACACUGACGGAUUGUCUUAAAGAAGCCAAUGUUUACGGGGUCCAAGUUCCAGGGCAUGAGGGACGCAUAGGAAUGGCCGCUGUUACUGUAAAGGAAGGUGCCCAGUUUGAUGGAAGCAAAGUCUAUUCUCAUGUGGUUAGCUACCUACCUGCGUACGCCAGGCCACGCUUCAUAAGGAUAAAGGAUGUGGUCGAGUUGACGGGGACAUUCAAGCAAAUGAAAGUGAAGUUGGUGGAGGAGAAUUUUGAUCCAGGACGAAUCCAGGAGCCCCUGUACAUCCUCGAUGAUAAGCACAAGAGUUAUGUACCUCUGACAGCCGAGGUCUACAGUUCCAUCGUAUCAGGAAACCUUAAGCUCUAGACCAAGUCCCACUGUGCUAGGUCCAGAGGUACUUAGAUUGAUCAUCCAGCUCAGGGAUUCCUGCUUGCCUUUUAAUGAUCAAGUUUGUGAAACCGUGUACAAUCCAUCUUAAGCGCAGUCAAUGGACAUACUAAGAAGUGUCCCAAUCUGGGAAGUGAAAAUUUUACACUAUAAUUUGUACAUAGCAUAUAGUAUAUAAAUAUAUAUUUACCAGCAAGUUCUCAUGAAUAGUCAAGAGUUUACAUGUAAAGUGAUGACCAAUCUUCAGAUUUAAUUUAGAUAAAUCUGUAAAAUUGUGGCGACCAACAAAACAUGGAUCAGUGCAGUGUAACUAGAUUUAUGAUAGGAUGACUAUACUCGUCAUCAGUGUAAAGUGGUACCUUGAGAUAUGAAUUUACCAGUUUGCCUAUAUAUGAGCCUUCUAUUUUUUAUGCUUUGGAUAUAAGUGCUAUAUGGUGGCAGUGAAGUCAACACCCUUCACGACAAGGGCUUCUUUGGCAGAUCAUGAACAAUUUUUCCAAAAAGAGGUUUCAAGCUGCCUAAUGCUACUCCUACAUGAAGUUUAUUGUCAAACUAAAAAAAAAAGUUACGCUUUGGGUAUUUACCUCAGUACGCUAAGCUUUUUGGCUGCAAGCUAACCUGUAAUGUGAAAUGCCAUAGGCACAAACUAAUAAAACUGUAAAUAGUUA